UGGGAAGGAAAAGUCACGAGCGGGAUGAGUGUGUAAAUUAUACUUUCAUAUAACAUAAGAUAAGACGCAAAAGAGUGAAUGUCCGGCAGCUAACAUUAGCUUCACAGACACUCCGACGUUAACUGAAAAGAAGCAAAGUGGAAAUAAUGUGUUGGGUGUCAGUCUGUAGGAGAAGCAGCAAAUAAAUGAAACGUUUGGUGUCUCAUAAUCAUGCUGCCGCUGCGGUCCGUGUGUGGUGGGAUAUGGAGAGCUGCUGUGCACACAGUCAGGAUGAGCCGUGGAGCUCCACCCUACAGGCUCCUCUCCUCUACCUGUGAUGGAGCCCCAGCUGCGCUGGCUGAUGCUGACACCAUCUUUGCGCUGUCGUCCGGGCACGGCAGGUGCGGGGUGGCAGUGGUACGUGUCAGUGGUCCCGCCUCAGCCACAGCCCUGAGGUGUAUGGCUGGGUUCACGCAGCGUCUGCCCCCUCCACGCACCGCCCUGUUACGCAGCAUCACAGACCCCCGCUCCACAGAAGUGCUGGACCGUGGGCUCGUCCUGUGGUUUCCAGCUCCUCAUAGUUUCUCCGGAGAAGAUAGCGUGGAGUUCCAUAUCCACGGAGGUCCCGCUGUCAUUACUGCUGUCUUACAGGCUCUUGGAAGCGUGCCUGGCUUGAGGCCGGCCGAAGCGGGGGAGUUCACGCGGAGAGCUUUUCAAGCAGGGAAACUCGGUUUAACGGAGGUGGAGGGGCUUGGGGAUCUGAUCCACGCAGAGACAGAGGCCCAGAGGAGGCAGGCUCUUAGACAGAUGUCAGGCGAACUGGGACGCCUGUAUCAGGACUGGAGCGACAGACUGAAACGGUGUUUGGCCCACGUCGAGGCCUUCAUAGACUUCAGCGAGGAUGAGCUCAUUGAGGACGGGGUCUUGAACCGAGUGGACGUGUCAGUAUGUGAUCUGCAAGCGGAGAUUGAGCGACACCUGAAGGACGAGAGACGGGGCGAGCGGCUUCGCAGCGGGGUCCAGGUGGUGAUCGCGGGAGCUACUAAUGCAGGAAAAAGUAGCCUUCUUAACAAACUCUGUCAGAGACCUGCAGCCAUUGUGUCUCCCAUUGCUGGCACCACCAGAGAUGUGGUGGAGACAGCUCUGGACCUCGGUGGGUUCCCCGUCCUCCUGAGUGACACAGCUGGCCUCAGAGACAGCUCGGACCUGGUGGAGAGAGAGGGCGUCCGCCGCGCUCGGGAAAGGGUGGAGCAGGCGGAUCUGACGCUGGUGGUCGUGGACUCUGCUCAUCUCCCCUCUGAGGCAGACCGAGCCGCAGCGUUCCUGCGGGAACACCUGACGAGUGUGCUGCCUGACACAGACAGGUGUCUCCUGGUGUUGAAUAAGGCCGAUCUGCUGCCUGAGAAGCAGAGACAAAAGCUGGACAGGGAGCUGAGGGGUGUCUCUGGUCUCCCUGCUGUCUGUCUGAUCUCCUGCCAGACUAACGAGGGACUGAAGGACUUCCUCACAGUGCUGCACAGCAGUGUCAAGACUCUGUGUGGCGACCCUCUGUUCGGUGCCCCCACCCUGACACAGGCUCGCCACAGGGCCCACCUGCAGCGGUGUGCGGCGGCUCUGGCUCAGUAUCAGCGGUACCGUGACACUGACCUCGCUCUGGCAGCCGAAGGUGUCCGUUUAGCUGUCACCAGCCUGGGCCGGAUCACUGGACGGGUCGGGGCAGAGGAGAUCCUGGACAUCAUCUUCAAAGACUUCUGCGUUGGAAAAUAAAUGAGUGAAAAACUGACAGAUAUGCGAUCGCCGGCUGCUCUGAGAGGAAAAUUGCAUUCCUGCAGUCUCACGGUGUCAGAAAACAGGACUGAAAGGACACAGCUGGGCGCUGGGCCAGGCGUCGACACACAGUCGCAGCUGAAAGAAAAAACUCUGUGUUCUUGGCCGCUGAACGCGUGCGCUCCCAGGACGCUAAAAUGUUUUCUGUUGAUGCUUUUUAUCAGCCAAAAUAGUUUGAGCAUGAUGACAGGUGCCUCAAAGGCCCAAUUUACCGAACAAGUGUUUGGCAAGCCUUGAGUCGUAAUUUGAAAAUAGAUGUCGAAAGCCUUUGAUAGGUGAAGAUUGGCCUCCUGGGCUGCAACAUAACAGCCCAGAUCUUUUCAAAUAUAACCUGCAAGGUCAUGGACUGAAAGUUUGGAUGUUUACUUGUACCGCAGGAACAUGACUUAUUUUUUACUUUGUACCUUUAUUACAUUUAUUUAUUUAUUUUCCAAAAAAUAACUGAUACUAAUCAGAAUGAUUGUAUCGGUUUGUUACAUGUUGCUGUGUUACGUUACUUUGGACCCUUAAAUAAAUGAGAU